AUGGCUACCAUCAGCAGCGGGAAGCCCAAAGAGAUCCUCCUAAUCGGCUACGGGGCAGUAGGCGCCGUCUAUGCGUUCAUCCUGUCCCGCGGAGGUGCCCGCGUCACCGUAGCCGCGCGCUCAAACUUCCGUGCUGUGAACGAGAAAGGGUUAGACGUGCGAAGCGAGAAGUACGGGGAACAUCUGGGCUGGCGGGCGCAUCGUGUUGUGGGCAGUGUGAAGGAUGCCGCGGAUCAGGCGUAUGACUAUGUCGUUUGGACGACGAAGGCACUGCCAGAGCUCACGACCUCACCCGAGCUACUCGCGCCAGUUCUCGAUGCCGCGUAUACCUCAAAGUUUCCUCAGCCUGUCUAUGUGAACAUGCAGAAUGGGUUGGACGUGGAACGAGACCUGUAUGAGGCGCUCGUCAAGGCUGGGCAUAAGCCGCAGAUCAUCGGCACCGCUGUGUACAUCGGAACGAAGACGGCUGGGGAGAAUACACUCAUUCAUUCAACCUUCGACCGUAUGUCGCUCGGUGUUUACCGUUAUGACGACUACACGUCUGCAACCAACUCGCCUCAGGAAACAUCCAUACUCGAGCCUUUCGCGAGCAUGAUCACAGAAGGUGGCAGCUCGGCCACGAUCGUACCCGACAUCCAACGCGUCAAGUUCAACAAGAACUUCUGGAACGUCGCCUUCAGCUCGACCGUUGCGCUCACGCGUCAUCCUCUGACAGCCUUAUUCUGUCCUCCUGCGCUUCCGUCCUCAGGACCGGUACCGGCUUCCGCCACGCAAGGUUUGAAGCUGGACGAUCACGCCGUCCCAGCACUCAAAGGCGCGCUUCACGAACUUGUAUCGAUCGCGCGUGCCAUCGGCUGGUCCGACGCAGAAGACACCGGUGUCCCAGCCUCGCAUGUCGACAAGACCUUCGAGAACACGGCUAGGCUGCAUCGUGUGCCGGAUAAUGGCUUGAUGCCUAGUAUGCUCGUCGACACCCUUGCCGGCCGGCCGAUCGAGGUUGAAGUGAUAUUUGGAAACGUCGUGAGACUCGCAAGAAGAUAUGGGGUGGAGACACCUAGGAUAGACGUACUCUAUGCGCUCCUACUGGUUCUCCAGAAUCAGAUGUUGCAGAAGUAUGAGGCUGAGAGAUCGUGA